CCCCACCUUGCCCCGCCCCUCCCCACUCUCCACCUGGCCCCGCCCUCACCUGAGAGAGUGGCGAGUCAGCUGCGCGUGGCCGAGUCGAAGGCGUCCGCUGGUUUAGGGGGGUCCACAUCGCCCCCCCCCCCCCCCAGCGUUAAUUACCGUAAUUACCGUAAUCACCGCAGUCGACGUGGUAAUUACCGUGGUGGUGGUGGUGAGGGGGCCACUGGGAGGUGAGGAGCAGCGACUACAACGAGGAAUACGGGCAGGUGUGGUGAACAUGGCUGCACCUCCCCAGCUACAGGAGCUGGAGAACUCCCUCCUGUAUCGGAGGAGACACAAACACGGCGAUGUGGCGGAGGCACGGCCCAGCCUCGUUGGAGGACCCCCCCCAGGCUGUGCUGCUUGUGGGCUGUGCUCCCAGCCGCUGGAGCCGGCCUCUCCGCUCGUGGCGUCCAUGGGGCAGCUCUUCCACCCCCGCUGCUUCGUCUGUGCUCAGUGCUUCCAGCCCUUCCCAGACGGACUCUUCUACGAGUUUGAGGGAAGGCGAUACUGUGAGCACGAUUUCCAAAUGCUCUUUGCUCCGUGCUGCGGAGAGUGCGGGGAGUUCAUCGCGGGCCGUGUGAUUCGAGCCGCGGGCCGCGCCUGGCACCCGGCCUGCUUCUCGUGCUGCCGCUGCCACUCCACGCUGGCAGAAGCAGGCUUCGUGCGCUCUGACGGCAGGAACCUUUGCCACGCGUGCGGCGAGGAGCACCGCUGGCAGCGCUCCCAGCGGUUCCGCUGCCACCGCUGCCACGGCUCCAUCGACGAGGAGCCGCUCGUGGUGGGCGGCGAUCCUCACCACGCCCACCACUUCAACUGCUCCCAGUGCGGCAAGGAGCUGAGUGCCGGUGCUGCCCGUGAGACCCCCGCCGCUGGGCUGCUGUGCCUGCCGUGCCACGACAAGAGCGCCGUGCCCAUCUGUGCCGCCUGCCGCAGGCCGGUGGAAGAGCGAAUCGUCAACGCACUGGGCAAGCAGUGGCACGUGGAGCACUUCGUGUGCGCCAGGUGUGAGAAGCCGUUCUUUGGCACGCGUCACUACGAGCGGAGGGGGCUGGCGUACUGCGAGACUCACUACAACCAGAUGUUUGGAGAUGUCUGCUACCACUGCAACCACGUCAUCGGAGGGGAUGUCGUGUCUGCGCUUAACAAGGCCUGGUGCAUCUCCUGCUUCUGCUGCUCCACGUGUAGCACCCGGCUCACACUCAAGAACCGCUUUGUGGAGUUCGACAUGAAGCCCGUGUGCAAGCGCUGCUACGAGAAGUUCCCCCUCGAGAUGAAGAAACGCCUCAAGCGCCUCUCACGCAUGGCCGUGAGCAAGUGACGCGACGUUGGGAAGAGGGG